AACACUCCGCAUGCUCAGGAGAUAAUUUGCUGAAGGCAAUAUUAAGGCUGAAAAAUAAAAAGAUCCCACUGUUGACACAACCCCUCUGAGGUUUGUUAUACAACAGACACUUAUGAGGCAGUGGUGCGUGAAGGCCGCCACGCACACUGACAGGACAGCAGCCACAGCAUUGAUUGCUCACCACCGUACACAAAACACAUCCUCGUCGCCUCUCCAGUAAUCACGAUUCGCCCCCUCCAGGAUGGCUCUACCCACUGAGAUGACCUGCCUGGUGAAGGAAGAGGCAACAGAGGGGUAUGAACUAGUAAGGCGUCUCGUGCCCACACCAGGCCCCGGGGACGUCAUCAUCAAGGUGGACAGAGUCGCAAUCUGUGGUUCCGACAUCAACCUGUGGAAAUGGAAUGAUGUGGCACAGGUCAUUGCCACACUGCCUUUCAUUCCUGGACAUGAAGCCACUGGGGAAGUAGUGGCAGUGGGCACAGGUGUGAGUGAGGUCAAGGUGGGUCAGCGAGUGGCAGUUGAGAACCACUUCUACUGUGGGCAAUGUUACCAAUGCAAGGAAGGCCGUGGGGACAUUUGCCAGCGCAUGGACCAGUAUGGACAUGGAAGAGGCACAAUGCAUGGAGGGUGUGGACAGUAUUCCCUAGUGCCAGCCCGCUACUGCUACCCCCUUGCUGCACCACUCACUGCAGACCAGGCUGUCCUGCUUGAGCCUAUGGGAGUGGCUCACAAUGCAGUGGAGGGCAUCAGUGUGGCAGGCGAGGAUGUGCUGGUGUUGGGCUGUGGACCAGUGGGCUUGUUUGCUAUUGCCAUUGCCAAGGCACUGGGAGCACGGGCAGUGUACGGUGUGGACCAGGUGCAUGGCAGAUUGGAGCGGGCCCAGAGGAUGGGUGCCUCACGAGUCAUCCACACAGGAAAGGAAGAUGUGACGGAAGUCAUUCAAGCACUGACUGGAGGUAAUGGAAUGGGGCGUAUAGUGGAGGCCAGCGGGGCAGCCUCCCUGCUCAAUGCUUCCUUCUCCUGGCUCAGAAAGGGUGGACACAUGGCACUGAUUGGCCUACCCAAGGCACCCCUUCAUGUGGAGAAUGUACUGACUGAUGUAGUGUUCAAGUCUCUCACUCUCAAAACUUUCCAUGGCCGCAGGAUUUUCCACACCUGGGUGGAGUGUGAAAGGCUCCUGGCAGAAGGCAAGGUGGACAUUACCCCUGUGGUUUCUCAUCACCUUCCCAUGAGCCAGUACCAUCAUGCCUUUGACCUUCUUACAUCUGGCUGUGCUUCCAAGAUUCUUCUUGAUCCUCAAAACUGAUCAUCCAUCACAUGCUCUGCUUCUCAAGGGCAUGUCCAGAUGAACAGACAUGAUAGCAGGCAACACACACACACACACACCAAAAAGUGUGUUGGAAUAAUGUUAACAAUAUUCAGAAGUUGAAGUGAAUUUGCUCUAAAAAACACUAAUAAAGGAGUGAUAAAUGAGGCAACCAUGCAUGAGGCCUGGAUGGACAGGUUAACAUCAGCAGUAACAAAAGAAUGGGGCAAAUUACGUCUAGAGGUGAGGAAAAUAUUCUUCUUAGAGAAAGAUUUUUAAUAUCUUGCUAUACCUGUCAUAAUUAACAGAUAACAAUUCUUAUAAUUUCCUUUAAAAAUAUUUCAUAAAGGUAUUUAAGAAAUUUUACCAACGUUGAAAAGUCUGAAUUUUCUAUGUACUAACACAUUCAUUGAUAAUGCCUCAGUGCUGACCAUGCAUUAUGAAAAGAUGUAUUUGAUUUAAUCUCCAGACAAAUUUCUAGUUUGGUUUCCAAGUGACCUUAGGGUGUCUGCGUACCUUCCUGGUGGUGCCUUUAUCACACUCCAUAUCUUGAUCUUAUAGCUGCUCAAAACACCAAAGAAAUUUUCAUGUCAUUCUCCUACAAUAUUUAAUACAAUACAAACAGGUGAAUUAGAUUUCAAGCACUAUCAAUCAAAUAGAAAACAUCAUCCUGAUCACUGUUUGACACUAAGAGCUUCCACCUGGAGAGCUCUCUAAGUCUUCAGGUUGCUUGUGAGUUAGUAUGUACUUAAUGUCUCUUUUAAAUUUUAGUUGUAAAAAUGUUUGAUGAUUUACCUAAGAAACCAUGAAAAUAAAA